CCCCCCACUCGUAUUCAGACAGCCGUGUGACUCUGUUCGCUUUACGUUGCGUGUCCCGUGGACUCCCUCAUACUCUGGCCUUUGGUGGCCUUGUGCGCUUGUUCUACUCGCGUUUUUUUAGUUUUGGUUUUGUGAAACACUCCGGCGCGUUCGCUUCCGGUUUUGGAAAAAGUGUAAAAAGUGAAACUUAUCACAAACAACACACCAACCACCAGCGGUCAAAUUGAGUGAUCUUUCAGUGUGGUGCUGAGGGUGUUCCAUAGAGCGUUACCGCGCGCUGCUUUGCAUGAGGACGACAGUAGACCGUCCCGGGUUGAUGCUUUCCAACGGAGCCAUUCCAGGAUCGGAAGCUUAAUGUAAACGCCAAGAUCAGCAGCAGUAGCUGUGCCGAAAAGGAUCUUGACACUGACAACGGUUCAUCUGCACGUCUCCGGAGUGUCGUCGAGGUGGGAGGAGCUGGCAAAAUUCGGCCUCCGUUGCUGCCACUGUUACCCGUGAGCAUGAGCGUCGUGGUCGUCCUUGCGGUGGCCUAUCGUUACACUUGGAAUCGCGAGAUCGUGUUCAACUCCCAGAAGCUGGUGAAAAGACGAGCGGCGCUUCCGUUUGCUGGCUGCCUGUGCUGAGUCCUUGCGCGUGUGUGUACGGGAAGGGAAAGUAGAAAGUAGGCGAAGCAGAGCAGGAUUAAACAGGUGCCGGUCGAUACAGGAGAUCGUUUACGCGAAAACAGCAGUAAACCAGAUACAGCGGUAGAAGAAGACGAAGACGAAUAGGUGUCGUACUGAAAAACAAAAACAAGAAUCUUAUCGAUUACCACCAGGUUUCAGGUGUGAAGAUUAGAAGAGUCUAGACUAACGACUAAGUCACGAAUAUCGAGGCUCUCUUGUAAGUUUCUCUUUCGGGUAGCCAGGUAAUUUCUAGUGCAAUAGGGAAUUAAGCAAAACGCUCGAAGAAUUUAACUUUAUCACAAGGUUUAGCUUCCUUAUUAUUUCGUUUUUGAUACACUUUAGUUUUAGUCUGUGAUUAAAAAUUGCUGUGUUUGAUAAUCUUUUAUUCUUCGGAUAGAGUCGCGACUUGGACUUCUAGUUUCCUUUGUUCACGGGUGGACAGGUCAGACAGGUUUCAUAACUCAUGCUAUUUCGGUUUCCUUAACGAAAAGGAUCUAAUCGUACAUUCCGUUACGUGCUCGUGCGUUCUUGCCAACGAAAGUAAUACUGAUAGUCAGCAGAUUGAUUGCUGACAAAAGUCUCAAACAUUGGAAAGUGGUUGUAAGACAUCGAAAGAAGUAGGGGAUAAGUGUUUAAAGAAUUUUUUGUUUUUACUAUACGUAUGACAAAUUUAAGCCGGUAGUAUAGGUAGGGCCACUAGAUAUUUUGUUCGCCAUUUUCGUACCCAUUAGUCAGCUCUUUUUGUCAGUACAUUUUGAGAUUCAUCGACCGUACAUUCUUGCCUUUGGCCCUUUUGGCAUCGGAAGAACAGGUGAUCUUGGUGUUAAACAGUCGAGGGUAACCGGAAACCCAAACCAAAAACGGAAGAAAUUGCUAAUUGAGCGACACUAAAUAUAAGACAUAGAAUAUAUACAACCCGACGCUCUACGUGCAAGGACACAAGGAAAUCAGGGCAGCACAGCGCAGCUAGCAAUCGAAAAGCCAUCAUCACUGCACAAGGUCUACCGAAUUUGAGAGGCGAAUAACUUGUGGUGGACAUUCGUGCAAUCAAAAUGAAUGUAUACGAUCCCUGGUAUGAUGAUAAACUCAAGCAAUCGAGCGCGUCGCCACCGCUCAGCGGCUACGAGCCGCUGCCAGCAGUGCUCGAGGAGGCCUUUCAGCCGGAAAAGACCAAAAACACCGAAGAACUGCUGAUGGAGUUCGACUGUGUCUAUGGAAAUGUUGGGUUGAAUCAUCUGACUCCGCCACAGACCCCACCGCAGACCUUGGCCUUCGGCGCUGGUGCAGUAGAGGGCAAUGUUGCCUACCCAGGCGUCUCAACGGUUCCGAACCAGCAGCAACAACAACAGCUGCUGCAAUUCCAACUCUCAUGCGGGUCGCAGCAAACGCAGCACCAGCAAGCGAUUCAGCAACAACAGAUUAUCUCCUUCCCGAUGAAUUCUACCGGUUACUACAUCGUCGAUGAGUAUACCACCACGGUGCAGCAACAACAGCAACAGCAACAGCAGCAGCAACAAGUACACCCACCGCAGCAAGUUCCAGGACUAACCGGAGCUGAGUACGGUUUCUGUGGUACACCAACGUUCACACCGCAGCAGCUGGAUGAGGUUAUGUAUGACCUUGUUCGGAGUGUGCAGAUGGAUGAGCAAACGCGCGGACAGCAAACGAUCACCGACAUCGAUGUGAUCAUUGAAGCGGAGGCGGAGGAGGACGAUGAUUCGUGCGGUUUCUCGGAGCAGGGCUCAGACGACAGUGGCCGUUGCUCAUCAUCCGUAUCUCGCUCACCUGCGUACAGCGAUUCGGCCGAUUCUUCUUACUUUGGCUCAUCAUCCUUUGGAGGCCAGCUGGACAACGAUGAUGAUGAAUGGAGCCCGGUAAAGACCAAGAAGCUGAACGUUAGCGGUGGUGGUGCGGUAUCCAAGAAGCGUACCAGCAACCGUCCUUACGGACGCGGCACCGAGGAAAAGAAGUCGCGCAAAAAGGAGCAGAACAAAAAUGCGGCCACGCGCUAUCGGCAGAAGAAGAAGGCCGAGAUCGAAGAAAUUCUUGUCGAAGAGAGCAAACUGAUAGAGAGGAAUGAGGAAUUGAAGAGCAAGUCGGCCGACCUGAGCCGAGAGGUACGCUAUCUGAAGAAAUUGAUGCGUGAAUUGUUUCAGGCCCGAGGAUUGAUCUAAGGGUACAGUGAGGCAAUCUCGUGAAAUGAUUUUUGUACUUUGAAUGCAUUCAUUCCCAAAACUCAAAACUCAGUUCCACUCAAUAAAACGAACAAUCAGGUCCCACUAUUAUCUGAUCUCUUGAAAGAUAGAUAUCCACGAUCACAGAAUGGAAAUUAUUGCAACAAAAUACAAAUAUUACCUUGCGUACCUUCUAGUAGACUGUAGGAUUCUUGUUCGUAUCGAUUGCGCAUGUGAAAUGAAAGAAUGCUAGAGUUGGAUAGCCGAUGGGGAGUACAACUGCUCCGGUCGAUUCUGUCCAGCAUUUUCUCUGCGCACUAACAUACAUUGUAGUUUUAAAGCUCAUAAUCUAUAGGAUGUUCAUUCGGUAUCCCACGUCAAAUAGUUGGAUUCGGAUUUUUUUUCUCGGAAAUAUUCUUUCUCGUGCCUCUUCAUUUCUUCACGCGGCAGUAGAGCGUUGUGCCGCAUCCGAUUGCGUAGAAGUAAGCUAACAAUUAGCGACAGUCGAGCGUGGAAUGGAAAGUUGUCGGCUAGCGUCCGCUAUAGAUAGCCAGUGUGUAGACACAGAUGAUGUUCAGAGGUGUGUUCACCAUUAGUGCGUCUUGAAUCGUACGCUCACAAGCUCGAGCAGUGGCUGCUCCUCGUUCGAUUAUUAUCAUUGCAGUUGGUCGUACGGAAAGUUUGACUUUCGGAAUCGGAUAUGCGCGACGCGUAUGUACUUGCUAUUUUACCGAUAAAGCCCCUCACCUUUGUAAGAAGCGAGCCGGACGGGAGGUAGGCCGUGUAGAAGCAUGUUCGUGUAUGACGUUCAGAUUUGAGACUGGACCGAAGCUUUUCGAACAGAACAUUCCACCCGAGAUCGGCCUCUCGCCCAGUGUGCUUCCGUUGGGAACGUAUUGGAUUGGGUUACCACCAAUCGGGGUGCGUCGAGCAUCCGUAGCCCGUGCGAGAGUAAAAUUUAAUGUUUUAACCGGUUAUCAUUAAUACUGGGAAUAAUGCAACAAGAUAUAUUAAAAUGAUUUUUUUUUUAUUAAAAGCACGUUACGUUCAAAAUAAUAACUUCAACUUUCAUCUUUUUAUAUCAACAACACAAUAAGGCACAAAAUGCGGGCUAUAAAGUUCAAUACGAUUUUCCCACGAUGCGACAUUGGAAAUCCGAGGGUGCUAAAUAAUCGUCAAGAUUACAGAAAAUAAAUCCUUCUAUUUUUACAAUA